CGGUGUACAUAGACGGAUUCGUACGGCUUUGAAGUCAAACUUGUACAGGUGCGACAGAAUUUGGGAGCUAAAUUUCUCUAUUUUUGGACAAACUAUUCGAAAUCGGAAGGGACCAGCUGAAAUAAUGAACACAUAUUUGCUGGCAGUGGUGCUGGCCACAAGUUUCUCAUUCGCGGAUGUUGCUGGCAAUUCUCAAGUGACACCGGUCGUGUCCAUCACAGUUAUCGCUCCGCAGCCUGACCCGAACAUGCCCGUCCUCGACAAUAACCACAUGUACGCACACAAGGACCAGCCGAUCAUCCUGGCGUGUACAAUUGACAACAAACCGCCAGAUACCUUUGUUCAUUGGAAUUUCUACCCAAAAGACAGCUCGACUGUCAUUCCGAUCUCGUUCAAUCUACAAAGUUACGACGACUCAAAAUGGAAAGUUGAAGCGGGCGUUGCCAAGGGGAACACGUAUCGUCUGUCGCUACUCUCGCCGGGCGUGAAAUCAGAAGGAAGAUACGAGUGUUCUGCAGAAUACGACGAUUUCGCCCCGCCGGUGAAAGAGGGAAAAUAUAUAGAAAUUAUUUCCAAACCCAUCAUCAGUGCAUCUCGAUCCAGUACGGACAUCAGCGCCAAGCCCGGGGACAACGUGGAGUUGCAGUGUCAGGCGGAAGGUUUACCAACCCCUGGUGUCACCUGGAGGCGGGCGGGGAAAGCUUUCUUGCCGACUGGCGGUGAAUUCCAUACUCAACCGAGUAUGACCAUCAAGAACAUCCAGCCAGAGCAUCAGGGAGAGUACAUCUGUGAAGCAAAGAAUAAAGCUGGUCAAGACACGCUCAAGAUCGUUAUCAAACUGAACUUUCCUCCAAAAAUCACGGCAGAAAAAGAGGUAUACCAAAAAGUUGGCUACAAAAAGGAUCUUAUCUGUAUGAUCGAUGCCAGUCCGAUUCCCAAAGAGAAUCAGGUCGUCUGGUCCAAGAGUGGCCGGGUCAUCACCACAGGAGGAAGAUUUAAAAUUGGCUACACUUAUGGAUUGAACUCUGUUGAAUCGUAUCUAAGCAUCCUUGGGGUGCAACCAGAUGAUUUCGGAGCAUAUACCUGCGUCGCCACAGCUGAUGGCAAUUCAAAGUCUGCCACGAUUACGUUAGCAGAAUCAGACAAGGCCACCAAAGACAAGACCGGGCGUUUCAUAGUUUCAAGUUCGCCAGCAUCCCUGGGCAUAUUAGCACUGAUAGCCGUAUCAUUAUUCACUUCCUUACAUAUCAUCCUGUUCUAAGCGGAAGUCUGAAACGCCAACCGCAGACAAGCGAGGCCUGAUGAUCGGAGCCUCAUCGCCUCUGACGAUAUCUCUUGCUACAAUCGUAUUGUGCCUUACUGCGUUACUUAUCCACGGACGAUAAAAUAAUGACGACAAAUUCCAAGUUGACUGCACGUCAUGCCAAAGAACUUUGUGAGGUGUGGUUUUUCUGAAAGUGUACCCUCGUCAGCAAUAAUUUUAAAGGUGUAUGCCAUUUGUAAUUACUGGUGGUCCAGGAAAAUAGAAAUGCAGUUAUACACAAUGCCGUAGUCCGGUUACUAUGCAUACAAAUUUACUGAAACUUGGAAUUUAUAGUAUUCGUUUAUAUGUCUGAACAAUAGCGUUGUUGAAAUUCAUAUUCGGAACGUAUUUACACAAUUCGAAAUUUUCAAAUUCGAUUUUGAAUUUCAAAUAUUUAACGAUUGGUGGACCUUUAAGAACAACUCGAGGAUGGACAGAAGAUAGUGUAAUACUGUGCAGUAUUUUUGAUGAGACUAUCUAUGAGUCACCUUUGUACGCCUUUCUUAAAAACAUUUUACCCUGCCACUGUUUCACACAAUGUGUUUUUGGUAUUGACAUUUUAAGAAUCCACGGAAACUUUGUUAACCUUUUGACAUUUGAAAAUAUUAUAAGUGUUUUUGGAUUUCGAGAAGUUUUCAAAUGGAAAAUUUCUUUUGUUCUGAGAGUCCUUUGUUUGUUCAAUCGGUAAAUUUCAGAAACUAUUAUUAACCCUUUCACCAUCGCAUAUGGCUAAAGGGCCUAUUUAUAUUUCGGGCCUGUACCCGCUAAAAAAACCUUCACUGGUCAAUGAAGGCUGCCAUUUACAUCAUGUGAUAUCACAGGAUGUAAAGCUGUCUCGAAAAAGCUCGUGAAGAAAACCAAAUAAUCAAACCGGUAGCUCUCAUGGCCUUGUCAAGAAUGGGUAUGACCCUAUAGGGGGUCACCGGUAACCUGUACACAUGCAUUGCAUUAUACGCACUACUUAGAACUCCCCUGUCUGAAAAAUGGUUUGUCCCAUCUGGAUUUACCCCUUGAACUUUAUGGACCCAAAGCUCGAAACGUUUAUUUUGAAUUUGGUCCUAGAAUGAACAAGGUACUAAUGCUAAUACUUAAGUGGAUGUACAUUGUAAUUACAUGUACAGUGUAAAUAGGUAUUGUAACGUUUUAUACAAGAUUUGUAAGCAUUUUAUAUAUUCGUUACUGUAGACUGCCAAUUUUUCGAGAGUGUUUUAUUUUCGCGAAUUUUGCAAAUAAUCUUGAUUCCGAAAAUUAAAAUUGUUGAAACAUACUUAAAUUGGAAGAAGGAGACGUUUUUUCAUAAUUCACCAAAAUAAAAAUCAUGAAUUAAUUUUUUGGAAAUGUUUGCAAAUCACGGUUGAAAGAGAUUGCGAAAUUUGGCAGUUUGCAGUUAUGCUUCUUAUAUAUAGUUAAGUAGGCCUUAUGAGGACUUGAUAUAUGUGACCCGCCAUGACAAAACAGGUCGCAUGUCGCUCUGAGCUUGACAGGUUGAGACAGACUGGUUGUUCAUUUCACCAUUGUCUGCCUUUUGUAAAAUCGGAGCAUAUCAAUUUCUUCUAUUAUGUCCUGGUGUCAUUUUAGGCUCAUCUUCUGUGCGACAUGCGACUCAUUUUGUCGUGGUGGGUCACAUAUGGCGAAAGGAUUCUUGAUGGAGAGGUUGAGCGGAAUUCCGACUCUGACCCAGCUCUGAGAUUGCUCCUGUUCUUCCGCGAUCACUCUGCACUUGGAGGUGAUUUUCUCCAGGGAGUAUCCCUCCUCCAAGGCGGGAUGAGCACUUUUCAGGGUCGCUGUGGUUGAGGUGCCGAUUGGAUUCAUCGGCCCAGUGAUUCUGACUUGGCCAGAGGUGGAGUCCACGCAAGCUACUCAUGUUUCUCACUAGGUGGGGUCUUCAACCUGGCCUGGCAUAGACACCAGAUACAAGGAACCUCGGUUUGAAGUCUCAUCGGAGGACUAAAUUCAGUCUGGAAGGCGAGUAGAGGUCAGAUAUUAAACUUAACCUCUCUACUAUUUUAUAACUAAAUUGCUCCCAUUUUUAAAGUCGUCGGUAUAUUCAAGGGUUUCCAUUAGAAAUAUCAUGAUAUUUUAAAGUUGUACAUUAUAUAUAUUUCAUUGAUGGAUGGAAAAGUUGCUGGAUGAAAUGAUGUAUAAAAAGUGAACGCUAUAAAGAAUUCUUUCCCGAUUUUAUUUGUGAAACAAAAUAUAUGAAAAAUUGCCUUUCUGGUUGUGGUAGGUGUAAAUUUUCAACUCCUGAAUAUCAUUUGAAGAAAUUUGUGCAAUUAUUCAGUUUCAUCACGCUUAUGAUUUAGCAUUCUUUCAAAUUUUGAAAUUUUGAUGUGAAAUUUGUCGGACGGAAAUAUAUCCUCAGGUUAAGUAUUUCUGUGUCCUGUCUCAUGUCAUUGCACUGGGAGCAUGUGAUGUUCUACACUGUAAUCAUGUGCGGGUCAACACUUGUAUGUGUUCGCAAGAGGACUUGGCCUUUAAUUGCUUUGCUUCGGAUUUAUCUUCAGAAUAAUGUCAGACCUUAACACUUUUACACCGAAAUUCCUUAUCGGAAUUUUUCUCUUUAGUGUAAAUAAUUUCAUUUCUAUUUGUAUAUUUAGAAAGAAGGACAUAUUUCGUGAUUAAUGUAUUUGUAAAUAAUCAAUGAAUAAUCAAUGAAUAAUCAAUAGAAUUGAAAAAGGUUGCGUUUGCAUCAAAUAUAUCGUGUUGCCAUCUAUAGGCUGAGCUUGGCGGCAGAUAAUUAGAUUUUUGAAUAGGUUUCAUAAGAGCAUGAACUGGGCCAUUAUUUUGACGGACUCUGAAAUUGAGGUGGUUUGCAGCACUCCAAAGUUUAUGAUAGGCGUAUGAUUGGCCUGACUGGUACUCUGAAAGUAUCACUGGUAUCUGUCAUGUUUUAGGUCAUCGCGUGAUUUGUCCGUCUAUUGUCGUAGUUCCACCUAUCAUAAAACCCCGUGUUUUUUCAAGACCCGUGUCUUCGCCGUGUGUCAAAAAACCCGGGGCGCACUUACACCUAUCAGUGGUGUUAGAUAAUGGUUAACAGCCCCGGCGACAGGUGCGCUGUAGGUAGGGAGCUCUCCUGUGUUUCUUUCCCGUUGGAGGGGAAUUUCGCAUGCGUAAUACCGAGGCAACUACACCGCGCCAUCUGUCGCCAGAUCUUAGAACUUACAAGUGCCGUGUCUAUUCAGAUUCCACCUAUCAAAAAACCCGUGUUGAACACGGGUCUAAAUUAGCCCCCGAUUAGCCCCAUCGAGCUCGAUGGGGCUAAUAGACACGGGGAUUUGACACACGGGUCUAUUUAGACGCAGCAAUUCAUAGGUGUAAGCGCAAAAGACACGGGGAUUUGAAAGGUGGAAGUACGACUUAUAUCUCGAUCGAAAAGCGUGACAGCUGUCAUGAGCAUGAGACACUGUGUAUAAUACAUGCAAAUUGCAAUCAAGGUUUGUUGAAUUUGUCACCCUAAUGCCGGGUUGAAAUAUAAUUGAUUUUCCCACUUUCGUUUUGGUAAAUUUAAAUCAUCUGGUAUUGAUAUUGGCUGCUCAGACUCUCGGCCCUUCAGUUCAACAUUUGGCCUAAUAAGAAAACUCUCCAUAUGAGUAUGGCCAAAAUUUCAUAAGCAAUCUCGCCUUGUGUGUGGCUUAUAUACAUAUAGUCCUCCCCUUGCUUCAUUUGAUGUAACGCAAUGAUUGCCAUUUAAUGAUCACAAUUAGGCCCCAUGUAAGAAAUGUUUAGUUUGAUAGCUAAUCUAUUGUAAAAAUUUCUUGAUAAGAACCGAUAUUUUCAUAGGUCCAUAUUGAUUCCAUUUACAUGUACUCAAAAAAGGAUCACAUAAAUACUUUUAUUGAAGUA